CCGCUCGUCCCUUGGAUUUUGAGCCCCGGCACCGCAGGGAAGGAGCCCGGAGGCACAGAGGAAGCUCCUGGGGUGCAAUUCUUCCCUCUGUCUCUCUCUGUCUCUGUCUCAGAUUGACAUUGGAGGGUGGGGGGCAGGUGGAGGGGCGCCGACGGUGACGGCUGAGCCACUGGCCAAGAGCCCCCAGGCCUCACCCGCUUUGCGGGUGUCGGGGUGUCGGUGAUCAACACCGUGGACACGUCCCACGAGGACAUGAUCCACGACGCCCAGAUGGACUACUACGGCACCCGCCUGGCCACCUGCUCCUCCGACCGCUCCGUCAAGAUCUUCGACGUGCGCAACGGCAGCCAGAUCCUCGUGGCCGACCUCCGCGGACACGAGGGCCCCGUGUGGCAGGUGGCCUGGGCGCACCCCAUGUUUGGCAACAUCCUGGCGUCCUGCUCCUACGACCGCAGGGUCGUCAUCUGGAAGGAGGAGAACGGUGCCUGGGAGAAGACACACGAGCACGGGGGCCACGACUCCUCAGUGAACUCCGUGUGCUGGGCCCCCCACGAGUACGGGCUGACCCUGGCCUGCGGGAGCUCGGACGGGGCCAUCUCCCUGCUGUCCUACACCGGGGAAGGCCAGUGGGAGGUGAAGAAGAUCAGCAACGCUCACAGCAUUGGCUGCAAUGCCGUCAGCUGGGCCCCCGCCGUGGUCCCAGGCAGCCUCGUUGACCAGCCGUCAGGACAGAAGCCCAACUACAUCAAGAAGUUCGCUUCUGGCGGCUGCGACAACCUCAUCAAGCUGUGGAGGGAGGAGAAUGGCCAGUGGAAGGAGGAGCAGAAGCUGGAGGCGCACAGCGACUGGGUGCGUGACGUGGCAUGGGCCCCGUCCAUCGGCCUGCCCACCAGCACCAUCGCCAGCUGCUCCCAGGAUGGCCGCGUGUUCAUCUGGACCUGCGAGGACGCCGCAGCCAACACGUGGUCCCCUCGGCUGCUGCACAAGUUCAGCGACGUCGUGUGGCACGUGAGCUGGUCCAUCGCCGCCAACAUCCUGGCCGUUUCGGGUGGUGACAACAAGGUGACCCUGUGGAAGCAGGCGGCAGAUGGCCGGUGGGUCUGCAUCAGCGACGUCAACAAGGGCCAGGGCUCCGCAGCCGCCACCGAGAGCCAGCAGAACGAGCAGUGACGGGCUGGCAGCGCUCAGGAGACGCCGAGUGACCUUGGAGUCUGGGGCCAUCUUGACGUACCUCUGGGGGGUUGUUUUCAGAGUCAAUAAACUCACAUUGCUUAAGA